AUGGCCUCCCCCGGUUCCACCGAUACCACCCGCAGCCACCGCACCAACCCCUUCGAAGGCCCCGAUCCCAUCGUCAUCCGCAAUCUCAAUAUCCUCGUUCGGGUUCCCGUCGUCCUCGAUCACCUCACCUCCACCUACUAUGCCUGGAAGACGUACUUCUCCCUUGUGUUCCGUGAGUACAAUCUCCGGGAUCACAUUGAUGGCUCCGUGGACUCCCGCUUCAUGGAGGACGAUGAGGAGUGGACGUCCAUCGACGCCACUCUCAUCCGCUGGUUCUACACCACCAUCUCGAAGGACCUCUUCCACACGGUGGUCUCCGCCGAUGAUGACGCUCACGCCGUUUGGACUAAGCUCAACGGCCUCUUCACCGACAACGCGCUCCAACGCAAGGUUUUCUUGCACGGCGAGUUUUUUGGGUGCCAGCAGCUUGACUCGUCUGUUGACGAUUAUUGCAUGCACCUCAAGAAGCUUGUUGACGAGCUCCGUGACCUCGGCGAGAAGGUCUCCGACGAGCUUCUCCUCAGCACCCUCAUCGGCGGCCUGAAUGAAGACUUCGGGAACGCCGCCUCCAACAUCCCCCUCAUCACCAACCCGACCUUCCCCAAGAUCGUCGCGUACCUGAAGCUGGAGGAGCGAAGGAUGCGGAUGUCGCACACCCAGGCGCCGCCGCCGCCCGGGUUCCCCUACCCGGCGCCGCCGCAGGCCCCUCCGCCCCCCGCCGAGCAGCAGCAGCGCCGGGGCGGGCGUCGCGGCCGAGGUGGCCGCAAGCAGCAGCAGCCAGCUGCCCACGGCGGGGCGCCGCGCCAGCCGCAGCACCAGCUCCCGCCGGCGCCCUGGCAGGCCGGCCAGAACCCUUGGACGGGUGUCGUGCACGCGUACUCCAUGCCUAUACCGCGCGCCCCCGUCUCUGGGUUUUUUGGCGCCCGCACGGCCCCUCAUCAGGCUCUGUACGCGGCCCCUCAGUCGUAUCCGCCGGCGCCGCUCUACGGUCCCUCGGCGGCCUAUGGGCUGCCUUCGGCCAGUGGGUUUGCGGCGCCGCCGCCACAGCCGCUGCCGUCGGCCCCGGCCCUCUCGCCGGUGCCUUGGGACCCCGCGCUGCUAGCGGCCCUCCACACCGCCCCCAUGCCACAGCAGUACACUGGCAGUGGCGACUGGUAUAUGGACACCGGAGCCACGGUUCACAUGGCCGCCAACCCCGGAUGCCCGUACCCGGAUGGUGCUCCACCGAUGUGA